CAACGCCGCCGGUCGCCGAAACCUCCCCUCCCUCAACGCAACCGUCUGCUCAGUCACGAGCAAAGCAAAACGCCCGCAAACCCAACUCGCCACCACAAAACCACACCAAAUUUCCGCCAGCCCAGCCAAAAUACUCUCCAACGACGACCAACGCGAGGAAAGGAGGAAGAAGAAGAGAACAAAAAGGGGAGGAGAAAAAGGAAAAACACCUGAGCUAGGGUUUGGCCGAUCGGCUCCCGCCAUGGCGUCGACCUCCCCGCGCCGCUCCUCCGGCGGGGACCCGUCCUCGCCGCUCCUCCCCUCGCCGGCCUCCCCGUCGUCCUCCGGCGGCCCGCUCGGGCGGCUCGCGGGCCUCCGCGGCGCGGCGCGGUUCAUCCGCCGCACGGGGAGCCGUCGCCUGAUGCGGGAGCCCUCCGUGGCGGUGCGGGAGACCGCCGCCGAGCACCUCGAGGAGCGCCAGACCGACUGGGCCUACUCCAAGCCCGUCGUCGUGCUCGACGUUCUCUGGAACCUCGCCUUCGUCGCCGUCGCCGCGGCCGUCCUCGCCGCCUCGCCGGCCGAGCGGCCCGCCGUGCCGCUCCGCGUCUGGCUCGCGGGCUACGUGCUCCAGUGCCUCCUCCACGUCCUCUGCGUCACCGUCGAGUACAGGCGCCGGUGCAGGGAGGCGGGCCAGGACGGCGCGGCUGAUGGGGAUUUCAAGCUCAGUAUUGUGAAGCACUUGGAGUCUGCGAACACAAUGUUUUCCUUCAUAUGGUGGAUCGUUGGGUUCUAUUGGGUAUCUGCAGGUGGUCAAGCUUUAUCACAUGACGCUCCUCAGCUUUACUGGCUAUCUAUUGUUUUUCUGGCAUUUGAUGUUUUCUUUGUGGUCUUUUGCGUUGCAUUGGCUUGUGUGAUUGGAAUUGCUGUUUGUUGCUGUCUUCCAUGCAUUAUUGCAAUCUUAUAUGCUGUAACUGAUCAGGAGGGAGCAUCUGAAGAAGACAUAAACAACCUUUCUAAAUUUAAAUUCAGGACAAUGGGUGAUCAAGACAAGCUAGUUGCUGGCAUUGCAGCACCUGUGGGUGGAGUGAUGACUGAGUGUGGCACCAACCCUCCUGUCGAACACAUUCUUUCAGCUGAGGAUGCAGAAUGCUGUAUCUGCUUGUGCCCAUAUGAAGAUGGUGCCGAACUGCGUGAGCUCCCUUGCAACCACCAUUUUCACUGCAGCUGCAUAGAUAAGUGGCUUCACAUAAAUGCGACGUGCCCACUGUGCAAGUUCAACAUUGUCAAGAGCAACCUUGAUAGAGAAGAGGUAUAGGUAUCACAAGACAAAAAUCUUGCCAAAGCUUCUCGACAUCUCUCAGCUGUCGUGCUCGCCAUUGCUACUUCAUUUGCAAACAGAGUUGAGAUUAUUGGUCGUGUAGUUUCACAGCUAUAGGUGAUGCACUGAUGGUUGCGAUGUUGGUUGUGAAUAUUUAGCUGUUUGUUGCAGCAAUCGUACAUCCUCUUUCUGCUCGAUCUGACUGCAUUGCAGAUUUAUAUGUGCGUGGACGCGCCGCCAGUCAUUUGUAAAAUGAUUAAUGAAUCGGAGGUUAGUACACAGUUACUUGGUGUAAAUGCAUUGAGGAAAGUAUGGUGUUUGAGCACAAA